CUGUCAAACAUUCUCUCUGACUGUCUAGGUUAUGAAAGCGGGCGGAAAAUAACAUGGUGGUGGCGACUGGAUUCGAACGAUAUAUCAUUCGCAAUCUAUCGUGCUGCUCCUGGACGAGAGAAGGUUGCGGAACACAGUGACGAUUUUAUGGUGUAUCCAAAGUUCAGACUGCAGACUGAGUUCGUACCGGAGGACGGACAGAUCCUUGCCGAAGAACCCGGUGUGUACAAAUUCGUUUUCGAUAACACUCACAGUAAACUGCGUUCAAAAACGGUUAAGUACUGUAUUAAUGUGGAAACAGACCUCAAGAAAUCAUAA